CACCGCCUCUUCGUAUCUCACUGUCCUUCCAGAACCUUCCGGAAGGAUCCCCUCCCACCACCGCCCCUUCCGAACACGGGACCCCUCGCCGUUCCCCUCCCCCAACCCUCUUCGUUCUCGGCAGCAUUCCCUCCUGCUUGAGUCUUCUCUUCUCGGAGCGCUUUCGCAGCGGGGACAGCGUGGCCAGUUGAAACGUGAGUCGACUCCUGGUCCUGGGAGGGUGGUUGUCGCGAUGGCAACGGAGCUUCCGGAGACGAUGGACGCGCUGGCGCAGCAGGUGAGCGUGCUCCGGGCCUCGCUGCAGAGCAGCCAAGGGAACACGGAGGGCAUGGUCGCCAUCCUCGGCUCCUUCGACGAGCGCCUCUCCGAGCUCGAGGCCACCAUACACCCCAUCCAGGUGAGGGCGCACGCGACCCAGAUGGCGCAUGAGAACAUCGACAAGGCGAUCAAGGUCGCCGACGACAUCCUCGCCCAGGUCGUCAUCGUCCGCGAGGCAGAAGCUACGAUACUGAGGGGGCCCCAUGUGGAUCUGGAGAGCUACCUGAAAGCUGUGGGUCGUCUGAAAGACGUUGUUGGUUUUUUCUCCUUGAGAGACAACUUUACGAGUAAAGAACGAUUUCUGAAUGAUGUAAACGUUCUCUUAUCUAAGUCUUCUCUGAUGAUCGAGGAAGAAUUCAAGCGGUUGAUGAUAACAUACAGCAAACCUAUUGAGGGUGAUCUUAUAUUGGGUUCGCCUCCAAAGCUUCAAUGGGCGUCAGAUGGUGAUGCUGAAGCAGAUGGACGGAAUUCCGCGCACUCUGAGCAUCCAUCCAAACGCUUGGAAACUGCUAUUUGCAGGACUCCAACACUGAUCCCCACUAGAAUAUUACAACUUCUUCAUACUAUAGCUCAGAAAUUGGUUCAGGAUGGAAAUCAGCAGUCAUGCUUCAAAAUUUACAGAGACGCUCGUCGUUCGGCACUACAACUGAGCUUUCAGAAACUGGGAGUAGAAAAGCUUAGUAAAGAUGAUGUAGAAAGAAUGCAGUCAGAUGCUUUAGAGGCUAAAAUUGGAAAGUGGACCGAGUAUUUGCGAAUUACAGUGAAACUUCUUAAUGGAGAACGAAAAAUUUGUGAUCAGGUUUUUGAAGGUAUCAGUUUCAACAAGGAUCAAUGUUUCGCUGAACUGGCAGGAAUUGGAGUUGCAGUUGCAAAAACUCUUCUCAGCUUUGGAGAUGCUGUUGCUAAAAGUAAAAGGUCUUCUGAAAAGUUGUUUGUACUGCUGGACAUGUAUGAAGUAAUGCAUGAUGUUAGAUCCGAGGUUGAAGUAAUUUUUGAAGACAGCUUUUGGUCUGAGAUGCCUGAGGCUGCAUUUGGCUUGAUGAAGCUCUUGGCACAGACUGCCCACGAAAUGUUUGUUGAUUUUGAGGAAUUAGUUGAGAAGGAUACUUCAAAGACUAACGUCCAUGAUGGAACUGUCCAUUCUUUUACCAUCUAUGUGAUCAACCAUGUUAAAUUCCUUUUUGAUUAUCAGUCAACGCUGAAGCUACUAUUUCAAGGAUUUGAAACUGGAAGUGAUACUGAAUCCCAACUUGCAGUUGUUUUGACAAAGAUAAUGCAAGCCCUUCAGAACAACAUACAUGGGAAAUCCAAGCAGUACAAGGAUCCUGCGCUGAUGUGCAUAUUUAUUGCUAACAACAUUCAUUACAUGGUUAGGUCUGUUUGCAGGUAUGCUAUGUUUUGUGUUUCAGGUCUACAUCAUCUUGUCCAGACAGAGUGCCUAGCAAAUAAUUUUUUUUGUCUCAUCACAAGAUCAGAAGCCAAGGAUAUACUUGGUGAUGACUGGAUUGAGAGACAUCGUAGGAUUGUACAGCAACAUGCCCAACAAUACAAAAGGGUUGCAUGGGGAAAGGCUCUUCAGACGCUCUCCAUUAAAGGUGACAGCAGCAGUGGUAUAUCAUCAUUGUCUGAUCUUAGCAGUAGUGGAGUUUCAAGAGCUAUGAUCAAAGAAAGGUUUAAGUCUUUCAAUAUGCAAUUUGAAGAGCUUCGUGCAAAGCAAUCUCUAUGGAUCAUACCUGAUCAAGAACUGAGAGAAACUCUGAGGCUUUCUAUAGCUGAAGUUCUCUUGCCAGCCUAUCAGUCCUUCGUUAAACGUUUUGGGAAUCUUGUUGAAGAUGAAAAGAAGCCUCGUAAAUACUUCAAAUACCAGCCAGAUGAGUUGGACCAGUUGCUGGGUGAGUUCUUUGAAGGACAACAAUCUGGUGAACAGAAGAAGUAAGCACCGGGAGGCUGUAAAAAGGGAAUACUGCUAAUAGUUCUUGUAGCAUACUUCUGUAAAGAUCUCUACGGAUGGAAACAACUAAACAUCUUUUUUGACCAAAGACAGCAAGAUGCUGUUUUUAUUCAUUAUAAGGAAGGAUAAAAACAUCCGACAGAGGAGAAUAGAAAAUUUUAGUUCACGAGCUGAACAGAAUUUACAUAGAUAUACGGAGUACAUCUGAAAGACAGAGGAUGGCUGCGUUAUUGCGCGCGGGUCCAUUGGGCUGCCUUGAAACCGGCCGAUCUGCAGUCAGCCAGCAACUAAACUCGUCAGUCGUCACCAUGGCACGGAACUACUGACAUAGCUUAACGUCGACUCCUCUACAAAGCUGGCCUGGGAAGAUCUGAGUCAUUUUGUUUAGUUAUCUGGCUGCUUACCAUUUGAUGCUAAUGGAUGAGAGGGCAUCAAGUGAUAUGAGGAUUUUAUCUCCAAAUUUACAACCUGCAGAUGCAUCUUUUGCAGUCUUGCUUAUUCUGUAAUCAUCAAUGCUUCGUUGCUUUGCUUGGCAACCUGUUGCUAUAAGAUUGCUUCUUUUUUUA